AGUAUAUAUAUAUAAUUUAUUCUUCUUAAUUUAUUUAUAGUUUCCAUUUUUUUGUUUUUCACUGAAUCUCUCUCUGCAUAAAUCAUUAGCUUAGUAUUUUUGUUUCUUUUCAAUUUCUCAAAUUUUUUCCCCCCCACCUUACUUACACCAUUUCUAUCCCCCGACUCUCUGUAUUUCUCCGAAUUUCAACAUUGUCCAGUUUCUUCACAUGGAUUUAGCUGACCGAGAUGUUGAAGGGAAACGUUUAAGAUGUGAAAACGCAUCAGAAGAAUCGAGUAGAAAGAACAACGGAGUUUGCGAGAAGAAGAUUCCUUUAGAGGAAGAAAACCAUAGUGGAAUUGACAAUUUGCAGAUUUCAGACAAUUUAAAUAUGGCUGAAAGUGUGGAAGUGUUGAAAACUGGAGAUGAAGUUGUCAUAGAUGCCAAUAAUUCUUCUACAAUGACCAGUGACCCUGUGGAACCAAUGGAAGUUAAGCUUGAUGACACCAGCAAUGGUAACAGUUCCAAAGAGGCCAGCACUGUUGGCCAAGUGUCUGUGAAGGUAGAAAACAAAAACAAUUUGAGUAAAAUGACCCCAGAGGAAAAUAUGGUGACUACCACUGCUUUGGAAGAUGUUUGUAAUACUGAGAAGCUACCAAAGAAAGAUGGCACUGCUGAAUCCUUAGCAGUGAAAUCAGAAGAGAACGAGUCAAUAAUUGUACUUGAUGAUGAUAUCCCUAACGACCUGGAUGCUGAUUUAACUGCAAGCGGAAAGAAAAUUAAACAGCUGGCCGGUGGCAAAAAGGGCAUUACUACGAAUACCACUGAAGGUGCCACCCCUGCUAAAAUCCAGAAAACUGAGCAGAAGAGAGACAGUAAAGAAGGAAAGACCAAAAGUCCUGCCAAUUCAGAUGACAAGAAAACAAAAGGACAGGAAUCUGUAAACGUGGCUGAAAAGAAGGAAGAGUUGAACGCUGGAGACAAAGUGGAGUCAGGGAUCAAGGCUGAGAGUAAAGAUCAAACCGUAGACACCAAUAAUUCUUCUUCAGUGACCAGUGACUCUGCAGGACAGAUGGAAAGCAAGCUUGAAGAUGCUGGUUCUAAAGAGGCCAGCAAUGGUUCUUCUUCAGAUCAGGUGUCAGAAAAGCCAGAAAACAAAAAUAAUAAUAACUUAAACCAAAGUACUUCAGAGCCAGAUGCAGCGUCUAACGCUUCGAAAGUCAUUAACAAGUCUUCGCUGCUGAAAACAGCUGCAAAAUCUGAAGAGAACGAGUCGUUAAUUGUACUCGUUGAUGACAUCCACAAUGACCUGGAUGCUGAUUUAGCGACAAAUGAAAAGAAAAGUGAGCAAGCAAAUGGCAAAACGUCCACCACUGUCAGCACUACUGAAGCUGAUGCUGGUGCUAAAAGCCAGAAAGACCAAAAGACGGAUAAGAAGGUUGAACAGAAGAAAGAUAAUAAAGAUGUCAAGACCAAAAGUUCUGAAGACACAUCUAAAACAAAGAAGGGUAAACCACCAAAAUCUGCCAAAACUUGUAAUUUGUGGAUUACUGGACUCAAAGCCAAUACCAAAGCUGCAAAUCUCAAAGCACUGUUUGUCAAACAUGGAUGGGUUGUUGCUGCCAAAGUUGUGACAACUGCACGGAUUCCAAGUCGUCGCUGUUAUGGUUUUGUGAUUAUGGCUUCAACUGAAGACGCAAACAACUGCAUCCGUCAUCUCAACCAGACCAAAUUCAAUGGCACAGUUAUUACUGUGAAGAUGGCCAGAAAUGCCUUGGGAAUGCAAAUACAAAAGAAAGCUGCUGAUCCUGCAAAGAAACUGGUUAAUACUAAAAAAGAAAGCAAACCAGCAGAUGGUACAGAAAAAUCCAACAAGGUAGUUAAGAAAAGCCCCCAAAAGACGGAGGGCGAGAAGAAAACUGCUGCAAAGAGCAAGGCUUCUACUCAGAGUAAAUCUAAAUCAGAUAAGAAAAAUUGGUCCCAUGCCUUACUGGAUCCUAAAGCCUCCAAGGAUCCAUGGGCUAAAGCUAAGUUUGAAGAAAGCCAAAGAAGGAGGAAAGAAAGGGCAAAAGUCAGGUCCAGUUUACGGCGCCAUCGCCCCGUGGAACCACAUCGUUCACAUCACCAUAGCCAUGGCCAUCACCACCGUCUUGCCAAUGCUGAGCCCGAUAUUCCUCCUCACCUACGCGAACGCCGCCGAACAAGUGAGCUCAGGCAGCUAUUGUCUUCAAGGAGGGAAUCCAGCUACGACAAAGAAACUUAUAGACUGGAGAAAGCCAGGAAAGAACUUAGGACAGAAAGAGAAAAACUGGAUAGAGCCAGAAGGAAACUGGCAACUGUUAAUGAAAGUAACUUGUGGUCCAAAAGAGAGCGGGCACAUUCUUUGAGCAGUUUGCGGUAUGAAGACGAAAGGUCUGCGAAGCGAUCCUUUGAUAGAAAUCACAUGCAUGGUGACUCAUUCUGGAACGACCACAGUAUGGAGGACAAUGGUGGUAGCUUAUCUCUCCGAUACGGUUCUCUGAUUCCUGAAUCAAGAUACAGUGACUUGAAAGAUGCAUAUCGCCGAAGAGGUGGUCCCUAUUAUGGCAGAGAAAGCAAAAACCUUGGCUCCUCAGACCACUAUGAUGUGCCCCUGGGUAGAGUUGGUGAAAGUUCUUCACGGCUUCAUGAUAGAUACAAUGCUCCACUUGACAACAGCUCCAGAUUAGACAUGCACUUGAAUUCCGAUAAAUUUGACAGAAUGGACACUGGCUUUAGAAGAGAUCCAGACCACAUUGUGUAUGAGUCUGACCGUCGAAAUAUGCUGCACAGCAGAGACAUUGACCACAGAAGUGUAUCAGCUCACAACCGUCUUGGCAGAAUGAGAAACUCUCCAGAUCUUGACUGGAAAAUGGAUGAGUGGUCAAAUAUGUCUGGAAAUGUGGGCAGUGGUGGCGGCGGCGGUGGAGGAUCUCGACAGAGUGACCGGUGGAUAAGCAGCAGUAUGAGUGCCAACCAUGACCAUCAAGCGGGAGGAAGCAGCAGUAUGAACAGUUCCAGUUAUCUUGGUAGAGGCAGCGGCAUGGGUGGCGGUGGCAGCAGCGGCGGAGGGAUGGGUGGUAGUGGCAGUGGCGGGCUGAUGUUGAACACAGGACCUGGCAAUGUAUUUUCAUACUCGCACCACAGCGGAAUGAUGAGCGGUGGUGGUGGUGGUGGCGGUGGCGGAGGUGGCGGCGGUGGAGGCGGAGGUGGUGGGGGCAUGGGAGGGCAGAUGAGGGAUUCACAUUAUGAGAGCUACACAAACAUGCGUCGGUUCUGAGAUUGGAAACACAUGCCGAUGCUGAGAUUGGAAACAGUCUUAGUGGCAGAACACCUGCAUCUCUCUCUCUCUCUCUCUUUCUCUGUCUGUCUGUCUCUCUCUUUUUUUUUUUUUAAUCCAUAGUUCCCAUCAGCACCAUCAAUUUUUAAUCUGUUUUGAGUUUGAUGUUGAAAUCUCAGUGUCCUUUGUGUGAUAUAAGGGAAGUAAAUUUUAUCCACACACUA